AUGAUUUUCCAUCAAGACAGUUAUUUUCCUCGUAGCGCCAAGUUUAACCUAACUGUUGACAUGUUGGGAGCGUCAGUUAACUUAAUUGAGACCGCAGCGCGAUUUGAAGGUUUUGAAGGUCUUAUCGAGCAAAUGUUUGGACCAGAUGGACACUUCCCAGAUGAACGACUUAUGGAAUUAUUGAACAUUAAAACCAACGAAUUUCAUUCUCGCAGUAAAAGAAGCACAAAUGACAACGAAAUGAGCGAAAUCAAGAGCAACCUCUUAACACUUCAGAACAAAAUGAAAAUCGAAAGAAAGAGCCCAACUGGUGCUAUAUCAUUAAAAGUUUUUGGUCACGAGUUACAGUUUCUGAGCUUUGAAGAUAUUGAUUGGCUACAAGGAGAAGCAGACUCAAUUAACGUCAUUGAUACUUUAAUCAACAUCGCCCGAGGCGGUAGCAUAACUUACACCAAGAGCUUCAUGUUGCUUGAAGCCGUUCAUGAAAUCCCAACGGCUCUUGGAAUUCCUCUAAAGUUAGCUGUAAAUGGAUCAAGUGUUACUUCUGUAACGCUCAACGGUAAAUUUGAUAUUCGAAAUAUGUUUUGGGGAAAGAAAAAACUGGACGUACGAGGUGUCGUCUCUCCAAGUGCAACAGUUUAUAUUUCUGCUAAUAUGAUGGUAGAUGCAACACAUUCAUCAUCAGGUAUUCAAGUGAAUGCCUCGCUGUUUACAUCGACUGAGAUCAAUGGUAACGCUACGUACAAAGAAGGUGAAGGAAUCAAAUUAAGUGUCGAGCCACCGAGUACACCAGUUUAUAUUGUGAACGUCAAAUCAAAUCUUGCAACAUUUCUUAAUGAGAAACGACAGAAGAUUUUAGGAUCUCCAAGAAGAUUUGAGCAUAAGAGCUGCGUUGACUUCUCAAGAUUCCUGGGUGUAAGUCUUUGCGGAGACGUUUCACUUCCAUUGGCUUAUCGUGAUUAUGAUGCUCCGUACUUUCCUCUAACUGGAGACACAUCAUUUGGAAUGGUUUUCAAUACGACCAACGCAAAUCUUGCCCGAUUUGAAGUGGAAACACGUACCCUUACGGAUGAAAAUGAAAACAGUUAUAAUUGGAUGUUCAGUGUACAUGUUCCAGGUCUCACAUUUGGAAGAAAAGUUGUUGGCAACUCUACAUUUCAAUUCUUGAAUGAUGGUCAAUAUUUGGGUGUGACAUGUGGUAUCCAUGACUACAAAUUUGGUAAAUUUGAGGCGAAGUACAACAACGUAACAAACAGACUUCAAACUAAAUUCUCAACACCAACUAUGUCUUAUCUUCGACCAAUCACCAUCGAAACAGAGGUAUUUAAUACGAAAAACAACGAGACAAAUGCUCAAGAUAUCGGCAUAGCAAUAAAUGCUAGGUACAACAACCUGACAAUAACUGAUGUUAUUUCUUUCCAUAAACACAACGAUCGAUACGGUAUCAAAAGUAAAUUUACUUACUGGCCAAUGAAGCAUAUACUGACUGAAGCACAGUUUUCACUGCUGAAAAAGAGUUUGCAUGUGAAAAUUGAUGAUUCCAACAACAACAAACUAUUCUUCGCUGGCAAACUUGGAAAAAGCGUCAGUAGAUUUUAUGUAAAGAUUGGAAAUAAUCUCACAAAGAAAGAAAUCAAAAUAAACGGAGAGUUGAACACGAAAAAGAAAGUUGUUCUUGUGGAUAUGAUCUCCAAACCAUCUUGGCAUGUGGUAAAGUUUGAAGCUUAUCCUCGAUGGAAUGCUUUAGAGAAUGGUUUUCAUGUGCGUUUAAGUCAUCUGAACUCGUCGUCAUACAUAAAUGGUUACCUGGGAUCUUCCAAUCCAAAGAGAGAAUCACUCUUCAAAUUAAAUGGCGAAUUUAUGAAGAAGCCGUUCUUGCUCCGUGCUAGUCAUUUUGUCCUCGCAAAUGGUAAAAAAGUUGAAUGGGUCGUUGAAGGAUUUGAAAACAAAGCAAACGCGACUGUAGAAUACUCUUCAAGGAGAUGGUCUAAGAAGAAUCUUGAGAUUUCUGCUGCUCUCAAUAACAAUUUCAUGAAAACAGGUGUAUUUACGAAAAGCAAAGGUAUUGGUGCUUAUUUAAACGAUGAAAAAGUAGAGUUAGAUGUGGACUAUACAAACGAAGAAAAGCGCAAAGGGUUUACUCUUUCACUCAAAAGUACAAACAACCGGAAAACCAGAAAAAUCUGCAAUUUAGUUGUGAAAUGAUCAGAUUUGCCAACAAGACCACUUUGAAUCUUAAUUUAACAGGACCAGAAUUCAAAAGUCAAUUAGCUGUGUCCCCGUACUAUCAUGAAACUGAAGCUGGCUUGUCGAUCAAUGCAAAUCAUAAUAAUUCUUCCUUAACCUUUGAUGCCGGAAUUUUCAAUUCUAAGUCAGAAAAAGGCUUCCAGUUGCGUGCGAAGAUUUUAGAAAGGGAUCUAUCUGCUCGCUGGAGUGUUGUGACUGGUAACUCCGCUGGUCUCAAGUUUUCUGGUACAUUUAUGAAUAAAUCUAUAGAACUAAUGUCGACAUAUUCAAACGUGGAUAAUGGAAAACUUUGGUUAGUGAAAGGAAUUAUCGACAACAAAGAACUUUCACUCGCGACUUUUUAUGAUUCAAAUAAAAACUUCAUCAAAAUGAAACUCAAGGGGCUUACAAGAGACCAUCUUUCUGUUCGUCUUCACCUAACAAACCAUACUGAAGAAAGCUUCUUACAUCUGAUGAUUGAGGCAUAUAGAAGAACUGCAUCAAUUAAAGCUGGAUGGAAAAACAACUCCACAGCAAAAGGAAUCGUAUUUCAAACAAACUACAACCGUCGGCAAGUGUCUGAUGUAUUUGUUGGCGUUGUGACUUCACCAUCUUAUUAUGGGCUUCGCUUUAGAGGAAUUGUUAAUGGAAAGAAUAUUGAAGCUUUGUUGAAGUACACAGAAAGAAAGCGAUCUCUAGGUCUUGAUUUGACCAUACAAAGAAAAGUCGUAACAUUUGAAAGCAUCUUUGUUCGUGAAUCCGCACUCAAAGGAGUCCAGAUCAACAUGUUUUCACAAAACAAGAAAAUGGGAUCUGUCUUUGCUCUUCUUCACAGAAAGUCAUCUUCACAUACUUUAAAAGUUGGUGCUAAAGCUUUGCAGUAUAGUGCAGAAUACAGGUUAUCAUUAACAAAUUCAAGACUAGAAAAGAAACUAACAUCAAUGUUUGUCAUCGCAGUUCACUCACGUCAUUAUAGAUACGGUUAUUCAUUGUCGUACAUCAAUAAGGGAAUUAAUGGAGACAGUAAUCAUAUUGUUACAACAAAGUUACACUAUUCAAAGAAUAAAUUCCUGACUACCAUCUAUCAGUUUGCCAACUCAGACGACAAACUCGUUAUGUGGUCAAAAAUGGAGCUGGCCCCUGGGCAGUUUAUCCACAACAAAAUUGCCUACACCAAGCCCUCUCGAAAUUUAGUGAUCAAGUAUGAAAUGUUACCAGGAAUAAACGUAAUUUACGAGGCUACUUUCGUCAAUAAUCAUCAGUCACUCGGCUUACUGUCAAACUUGACCAUCUUCGACUAUCCAAUUAGCAGUUCAGCCAUGUUUAAAAAACAAAGUGGGUUAUAUUCCUGGCAACUUAAUUACGGUACAUCACGAGCACCAAUUCAAGUUAGUGGCCAUCUUCGACAUAACAACGGUAUCGACUUCACCUCAACUUUAUCUCUACUGGAUUAUAUAUGGAAUAAUACGUUUUUCAUAGACUUCGCAUCUAAACAACUGCAGCUAAAUAUCAACGUGUUACCUUAUGUUCCCAUUAAAGUAUUUGCCAACAUGAUGAAUGAAAGACAAUUCGUGUUCAAUAUUACAACAUGUUCAGCAUUUUCUACGGAACUGGUUGGUAUUAGAUCGACUGCAGAUGAAUAUAAUCUAAUUCUGAAACACAAAUACUAUGAGGCAAUAUUUGAAGAUUUAAAACUUACCAUAAGCUCAUUCAAACACCUAAAUAAGUUGCGCCUACGGUUAGAAUCUGAAGUGGCAAGAAAUAUGUUGAGAAUCCUAUCAGUGCAAAACCUUGUCAAUGGUAUUAACUCUUUGAAAAAAUCUGCUUUGGAAAUCGCAAAUGAGUCUGUUUCCUACAUGAAAACUGAUGGACAUGACACCAUUUUGAAACUGUUGAAUGUAAGCCAUAAGGAGCUCCUGCGUCUUCACAAUAUGCUACGUGACAUUGAUGUUAACAAUACUAUCUACGAGUUCUCUACAUCUCUCGAUUUAUUGGGAAAGAAACUGGCAACUGAUAUUCUAUAUCUAAUGAAUAAGACGAGAAUGCAUGAUAAUUUGUUAUUCCAGACGUACAAGAACAUUGUCGAAAUUCUUAAAGACAUUACAACAGAUCUUUUUCCUUAUACAACAUUGUUUCCCAACGACCUUAUGAAGUUUUCAUCGCGAACAAUUGAGCGUUACCUCAACAUCUCCAUUGGUGGCAUUACUAUCAAUAAGUUGCUUAAAGCUGUAAGUAUUAAUGCAAAGAGAGGUUAUGAAAUAACAAUGGCGAACAUCGUAAAGCAAGUACAGCUGAUUUUAGCGAAAUGCCAACACACCAAAGUUAAAGUAGAGAACAUUAAAACCUACAUUUAUCAAGCAAUUGAAUUUAUUGAGGCUUUCACUUGUAACUUCGACGUUAAUUGUACCAAAGUUAAUCUUGAAAUAUGCACAAAGCUGGCGGAACAUUAUCUACGAGUCAAUCAAAAGAAACUUCUUCAAACAUGGAAUGUUGUAAAUGCAAGCGUUUUGUUUAAAUUGAAUCAACUGAAGAACCAAGUUGAGCAACUAGUUAAGGAAAAUCAGUUAGAUGUGAAGAUAAUGAGAAUUCUUCAACCAAUCCUUGUUCUCGUAAACGACUACAGUGAUUUCAUAAAGAAAACGAACAUUUUGCCUUGAAAAUGGAUCAUGUGAGUAACGUUGUAAAAAUGUGACGAUAAAAUACUUGGCAAACUUCCACCACUUGAAAAAUUUAUAUGAUCAGUUUCAAAAUUUGUCCAUGGACGAACUUGUGUUGUUAGCUGAAGAUCAGUUAAAGAUUAAUGUAGAGAAAAUGAAGAACAGAUUUAUCAAGUUCCAAGUUGUAGCUGUUGAUUUCAUGUCAUCUCAUUUCGACAGUAUAGUUAACGGUGCCUGGAAUUGUACUUAUGGUGACUUGGUGAAUACUACACUUAUCAAUGCUCAACACUUUAUAAAAUGGAUUGAAAAGAAGCUCGAAAAAGUUAUAUUGACAAUUUAUUUGGUACCAUACUUCGCAAAAUACGAUAAAUUCGAACUUUAUGAAUUUGUCACAGCAAAUAUUUAUCAAAAUGCUUUGAAAUUUUAUACCACAACUAAGUUAUACUAUGCUGUAGCCAUUAGUCUUUCAUACUCAACUAUUGAAAACUCUGUGGAAACAUUAAAGAGAAAGUUUUUGGUUUUGCGCGAUGGACAUUUAUCUAAUGUUACAAUGACAAAACUGAAUGAGAUACGCGAUGUUUCCAUCAACAAGACUCUUGAUUUGUUGAAAAAACUCACAAAAGAUGCCUCCUUGCUUGUUUCAAAUUUGAAGACAGAGACCAUGAAGGUUCAAGAAAAACUGUAUAACAAUUUGAAAACUUUCAUAUUCAAAUACCGUACGAUGCUUUUAAAAACAUUGCAGAGCAGCCAAACAGAAAUAUUGAACACGAUCAAUUUGUAUAAAGACAUACCUAUCGAGGAAAUUUAUCGAAAUAUGCAAACAAAAGGCAGCGAAGCUUUGAAUAAUAUUUUUAGAGUUGUAACAAAUGAGACACUAACCUUGUACCAAAGUGCGAUGAUGAAGUUCAUUGAGAUAUUGGAAAUUUAUGAAAGAAAUAAGCUGGUUAUUGAA